CAAUGGCCCCAGAAUAACGUAAGCUCACCUGCAUUCAUGCAAGAACCACCUGGGCUGCCGCAACUGCCACUGCCGCAAUGACCCAUAUUAGCCUGUCUUGGAUUUCGAUUGGUACCUGCUUCACUAAGAAGUACAGAGGCCACCUUCGUCGCUUCCUCAACCCUCCAAUUAGCUUGCCUCAAUACCUACCAGUUCUUCUUUCAACUUUCAAUAUUUUUAGUUAACGACUCUCCCUUAAUAACCCCCUGGAUUGAGCAUUCAGUCUUUAAACCCUUCUAUUAUCCGAUGGAUGUAUAGGAAAUUAGCAUUAGUGACAUAACCGGGUCCUCCAAGAUUCCUCCUUUCCGGUGUUGCAGUUAUGCCUCCAGCUUCGUUCAGGAGCUCGGCGCGGGUCGUCAUCGCCGCACUUGGCCUGGCUAGCUGGAUGUCGAUGGCCAACGCUGAUCUGAGUGCUAGCGACUACUAUGUUCACUCUUUACCGGGAGCUCCGAAAGGAGAUUCAAUUAAGAUGCAUGCUGGACACAUCGAGAUCACGCCAGAACACAACGGGAACCUCUUCUUCUGGCACUUUCAGAAUCAGCACAUUGCGAACCGGCAACGGACCGUCAUCUGGUUAAAUGGAGGGCCCGGCUGCAGUUCCGAGGACGGCGCAUUAAUGGAGAUCGGCCCCUAUCGUCUGAAGGAUGAGAAUACUCUGGAGUACAACAAUGGGAGCUGGAACGAGUUUGCGAACUUGCUUUUCGUCGAUAACCCUGUUGGAACCGGAUUUAGUUAUGUUAACACCGACAGCUACGUCCACGAACUGGAUGAAAUGGCCAACCAGUUUGUUACUUUCCUCGAGAAAUGGUAUAAGCUAUUCCCGGAAUAUGAACACGACGAUAUUUACAUCGCAGGCGAAUCAUUUGCUGGACAGCACAUCCCCUACAUCGCUAAAGCAAUACUCGAACGAAAUAAACAACCUCAAACUCAAAUUGCGUGGAACCUCAAAGGUUUACUCAUCGGAAACGGCUGGGUCUCCCCGCCAGAGCAGUACGAAGCGUACCUUUCGUUUGCCUACGAGAAGGGCAUUGUUGCUAAAGGUUCCGAUAUAUCGGGGAAGCUCGAGGCUCAAUAUCGUGUGUGUCGUAAGGAUUUGGCUACAUCGGGUGAUCGCGUGGACAAUACUGCUUGUGAACGUGUGCUUCAAGAUAUCCUCCGUCUAACCCAGACUAGGAACUCUAAAGGCGAACAAGAAUGCUUUAAUAUGUACGACGUCAGGCUGAAGGAUGUGUACCCGAGCUGCGGUAUGAACUGGCCUCCAGACUUAACGUCUGUUACCCCAUACCUUCGAAAGCAGGAAGUAGUGAACGCUCUACAUAUCAACUCUAACAAGGUUACCGGGUGGACUGAGUGCAACGGAGCUGUUGGGAAUGCGUUUAAUACCCAGACCUCGAAACCAUCCGUCGAUUACCUGCCAGACCUUCUGAAGGAAGUAAAUAUACUUCUCUUCUCGGGCGCCGAGGAUCUAAUAUGCAAUCAUCUUGGCACGGAAUCUUUCAUCAGCAAUAUGCAGUGGAACGGUGGAAAGGGCUUCGAGCUGUCCCCUGGUAACUGGGCGCCGCGCCGCGACUGGACGUUCGAAGGAGAAGCAGCGGGUUUCUGGCAGGAGGCUCGUAACUUAACCUACGUGCUGUUCUAUAAUUCUUCCCACAUGGUACCCUUCGAUUACCCACGCCGAACGCGCGACAUGCUGGACCGGUUUAUGGGCGUCGACAUCAGCAGCAUCGGCGGCACGCCGUCUAAGAGCUUCUUGGAUGGCGAGAAGUUGCCGGACACGACAGUGGGUGGCGCCACCAACCAUACCGACUCGGAUCAGGCGGCCAAGGAUAAGGAGGUUAGUGACGCCAAAUGGGGCGCAUACCAGAAGUCGGGCGAAAUGGUCCUGGCCAUCGUUAUUGUCGGCGCUGCGGUCUGGGGCUACAUUAUCUGGCGCGGCCGCCGACGCACCGCGGGAUACUCGGGCCUGCCUGUCAUAUCUGAGCGUGGACGCGGCACCGGGCUUGAGGGCUUCCGCAGGAGGACCGGCAAUACUACCCGCGACCUAGAGGCGGGCGACUUCGACGAGAGCGAGCUGGACGAGCUGCACGUCGCUCGUCCUAAAGUUGCGGAUAGGGAAAAGCGGUAUAACUCGGGCUCAGGCUCGGUAAGCGACGACGAAGAGGAGGACGACGAUGAAGACGAAGAGUCGGGGAUGGACGAGAAGACUACAGCGAAGAGGGGCGGUGCCGGGGGGAGCAAAAGCCAGUCGGCAAGCAGGAGCUAGAGCGGUCCGACCCGGUCGACCGGUUUCAAAGGGAGGCGAGCAUUCUUCUUGGACGGCGCAGAGGAGUCUUGGUUCAGGUCCUGUCGAAAUCAAUAGAAAAAAUCUUGUUUCACUUUAAAAAAUCGUCUUGGAAGCCGUUCGCUUAUAUCACCAUCGCACUGCUGCUACUACCCUUACUUGUCAUUUUCUAUCGUGUCGUGUACAUACGUGCGUACAGAUCCAUAUCUACAUUUACAUACAUACGUCUAUUAUCAUCAUAGCGGGGGUUUUUGCUUUUCUUGGGAGGGUUGGCGUAGGUAGGUAGGUAGGUUGCCAAUACUAUCAAAGAAGCGUUGAUAUUUAUUUACAUGUUUAG